GCAUUCUAACAUGAGUAUUUAAACAGACCCAAAUUAUUUUUCCACUGGCUCCAGGAGUGUUCAUCGUUCUAUUGCUUUCAAGAUGGGAAAGAUCAUCUUCUACGAGGACAAGAACUUCCAGGGCCGCUCCUUUGAGUGCAGCACAGAUUCUUCUGAUCUACACUCACAUGUUGACCAAUGCAACUCCAUUCGAGUUGAAAAUGGCAGCUGGAUGAUAUAUGAGUGUCCCAACUACAUGGGAUAUCAGUAUUACUUGAAGAAAGGUGAAUAUCCUGACUACCAGAGGUGGAUGGGUUUUAAUGACUGCGUCAGAUCUUGUCGCAUGAUCCAGCCACACAGAGGGACCCAGCAGAUUAAGAUUUAUGAGAAAGAAGACUUCAAAGGUCAGAUGAUGGAAUUCUCUGAAGACUGUUCCAAUGUCCAUGAGCAAUUCCAAUACAACAACAUCCAUUCUUGCAAUGUUGUUCAGGGGAACUGGAUCUUCUUCGAGGAGCCCAACUACAAAGGAAGGCAGUAUCUCUUGAGACCUGGAGAGUACCGAAGAUUCCAUGACUGGGGUGCUGUAAAUGGCAGGGUUGGCUCAUUCAGGCCCAUCUUGGAUUCCUAUUAGUUAACAUCACGAUGAAUGCUGAAAUAAAAUGGAUAUUUUAAUGCCCUC